AGCUGGAUCAUAGAUUAAUAAUUCCAUGAAAAGCAAAAGGAGAAGCGAAAAGGGGCCCUCAGCCUCAAGCAAUCCUACAUCACCGUAUAUAUAUGAUUAAUUGCGUAAAUUUAUGCAUGCAGGAGUGUCUGCAACUAGGUAGCUUUAAUUUCCAUCCCCUUCCCACCGCUUUCCUAUAACCCAUUCACCAUCGACUCACUCUUUUACAACAUAUAGUAAUUAAUUAGUACUACGUGAAAAGAUCAGGUAGUGGUCAUGGAAGUUAAAAGAUCAUCAGUGAUCAAGCCACAGCUCAAGAAAAAUUUGUGGAAGGCAGAAGAGGACUUGAUUCUGAAAAAUUAUGUGGAAACUCAUGGUGAAGGCAACUGGGCUACUGUCUCCGACAGAUCGGGUUUAAUGAGGGGAGGAAAGAGUUGCAGGCUCAGAUGGAAGAAUUACCUGAGACCUAACAUUAAACGAGGUGAGAUGUCCGAAGAGGAAGAGGAUCUUAUCAUCCGAAUGCAUAAGCUUCUGGGCAACAGGUGGUCACUGAUUGCUGGUCGGCUUCCUGGUCGGACAGAUAAUGAAGUGAAGAACUACUGGAAUACCCAUUUGAACAAGAAAUGCGUUCCAGGCAAAAGAAAAGCAACCGACCCAGACCACCACCAACAUGAAGAAAACGACGAGAUCAACCUGAACAAGAAAAAGAAGUUAAGUCCAUUGUGCCACUCUGAGUCCAGUACUGAAAGUGCAGGUUUGAUAAGGACAGAAUCUGUAAGUUUGAAUGGAAGGAAAGAAGAGAAGGAUCAGGAGAGCACUGUCACAGAUCCCAACUGGAUGGAGAUCACAGACAGCUUCAACUAUGACAUAGAUCAGUAUCCGAUACUGCCCGGAAAGAAUGCAACUUUCGUUUUUGACGAUGAACCUCUCGCAGCUUACUUGGAUUCUUUUGUCUUGUUUGAACCAUUUGGAUGCGAUGGGGGAGGAGGCGCAGUACGCACAGAUGCAAUCAAUCAUGUAGUGACGAAUAAUUAUUAGAUAGAAUCAUGUACAGGUAUAAAUUGUAUUUUCUGAUAUUUAAUGAUCUGUGUGCUAGAUGUCAUAUACUCACGUCUCAAACAUAUUUUGGGAUCGUGAGCCACCUGAUAUAUAUACUGAAGGCCAAUUCCAUUCUUGGUAUGGUAGCUAGCUAGCCAAGGGUGAGCACUUCCAGCAAGUAGUAGCAACUACAAUGAGUUGGCAGUGCCAAAAUCACGAGCUUUUUCCCUGCCCUGUUGGCAAGGUGAAUAUGCAGUUGCGGUACAAUGAUCAUGUUUUGUUUGCAUGUGAUUCCUGAUGUC